GCCGGGCGGGCCGCAGGCAGCGAAAGAAGUCACACUGAUGAGUGGCGUUGGAAAGCUGGACCGUGGGUCCGUGAGAGUUUCUGUCUACUGACCAUGUUUGACGCCCAGUGUUUUGGUCAGACACCAGUGGUCUCCUUUCCCUGAUGCCUUAGAGACUGGCCGGACUGGAGCAUCUGGGAGAGGAUGCUCGCAGUACACCUGAGUUGCCAGGACUGAGCCUCUAGACAGCCGUUUUACAGAGGUGGAACAGGACCGCCCUUACUUUGCAGUUUCUGAAAGCUGUUUGAAGGCAAAAAUUCAGGUGUUGCUGGGAGCAAUGGAAGGUCACAAGGCAGAAGAAAAGGUGUUAGAUAUUCUUCGACUGAAUGUGGGUGGCUGUAUUUACACAGCCAGACGUGAGUCCUUGUGCCGCUUUAAAGACUCGAUGCUGGCAUCCAUGUUCAGUGGUCGUUUUCCUCUAAAAACAGAUGAAUCGGGGGCUUGUGUUAUUGACCGUGAUGGACAUCUGUUUAAAUACCUUUUGGAUUAUCUUCAUGGAGAAGUUCACAUUCCCACAGAUGAGCACACCCGAGUUGCUCUCCAGGAAGAGGCUGAUUACUUUGGCAUCCCUUAUCCGUACAGCUUGUCUGACCACUUGGCCAAUGAAAUGGAGACAUAUUCUUUAAGGUCAAAUAUAGAACUUAAAAAGGCUCUAACAGACUUCUGUGAUUCCUAUGGUUUAGUUUGCAAUAAGCCAACAGUUUGGGUUCUCCACUAUCUUAACACCUCUGGUGCAAGCUGUGAGAGUAGAAUCAUCGGUGUAUAUUCCACAAAAACGGACGGAACAGAUGCUAUUGAUAAGCAGCUAGGAGGAAGAAUUCACAGCAAAAGCAUUUUUAAAAGAGAGGCGGGAAAUAAUGUUCAGUACAUUUGGAGCUAUUAUUCAGUAGCUGAACUGAAGAAAAUGAUGGAUGCCUUUGAUGCCUGGGAAGGAAAAGGUGUUAGCUACUGGCGGGUGCCUCAUGAGCUCAUAGAAUGUUGGACUCUGGAAGAGCGGCCCUUGCUUGGAAGCCUCCGUCACAUGGCCCCCAUUCGAAAGAGGCGGCUGACGGCGUGCAGUGACGAGGAAGACGAAGGUGUGAACUGUAAGGCUGGUCCCAAGCCGGUCAGAUUCCUGGGCCCUUCCACCAGCACCCAAAUUAAAGUCAAGAACUCGGCGUCGGUGCGGGUGUCCCCGGCCGCCGCCCCCCAGUCUGCAGGCGGGAAGGCAGCGCCGCGCUCGGCGCCGCCGAACGCUCCGUCCCCGUCCCGGGCGGGCGCUGCGCUGCCGGGGCAGCCCCAGGCUCCUCGUGGGGCCGGGAGCGCGGAGAACGGAGCCGCGCACCCGCCUCCCGCCAAGGUCCUGCUCUCCGACCAGAAGGCCACCCCGCCCCGCGUGAUCAAACUGAGGCGGACUCCAUUGCGCGCCGCCGGGCCGCCCCCGCCCGCCGCCGCAGAAGCCAGGCCCGCGGAGAAGCUCGCGCCGGCCCCGGAAGCCCCCGGCGCGCACGCGCAGACUGAAAAUGGGCGGGGCCAGGCUGAUUGACGGAAGCGGCCCGUCACCUCCCGGAGUGUCCGAGCAUGCGCGGCUCUGCCGUGGCGCUGUUUCGUGGUGCAGGAGGGCUGGAAACCCGGGUUUCUCUUUAGGAUCAUUAGGGAAAAACGAAUGUGUCAAGUAGGCAUGGAAGAGGGAGACUUUAAGUGGUUGGGCCUAUCUUGUCUCAACUUGGAAAUGGUUGUCUACUGACGGUUUGAAUUUCAGGUUUUUGAUUUUUUUUUUUUUUUUUUUGAUGGUUCAUUGGUCUUAAGGCAACGGAGCAGUACAGUAAAAUCAUCACUACAGAAGUGCACUUUGUUGCUGAAUAAUUAUAGAUUUUAGGCACUUUUGUAAUGUUACUCAUUGCUGCCCAGGGCCGAAUGGGGUUAGAUAUUCCCGUCUGGUAAAAUAGGGGGACAUUAGUGUUUCCCUGUGCUGUGUCACAGCCAAGAGAUGUGAGAGAAAAUUCAGACCCAGGUGAGCUCCCUGCAGGUUUCUUUCAGUCUCAGAAGGCUUCAUGAAAAGAAAUGACGAGGGGGGGAAAUAGUAAUUUAAGGUCACACUUUGACUCUGACUCAAUUGAACUAUUUUCUUUUCCUAGAUUGUUUUUUUUUUUUUUUCUUACCCUUUUUUGCUAGCAGAUUUAUUUAUACAUCAUAAGAUGUCUUUGGAUGAGAACUAUGUAACAUGUCUUCAGAAUAAAUUGUUAAAUAUAUUUUAUUUUAAUUUGAACAGUGAAAUUCUGAAAGUACUUUGAAAAGGAAGUUAAGCAUUAACUUUUAACUAAAGUUACUACUUGUUUCUCAGGAAUGACCAAUGAGGAGUCAUUCUGAUUAUACAAUAUGGUUUUUAUGCAUAAAAUUCCCACUUACCUUGAACUUAAUAUUUUUAAACAGAAUAUUUUGAUUAAUCCUCUAUUUUUUCACAACUAUUCAGUUGUAUGUGUCUGCUCUUACAUUUAAGUUUUAUAAUUGGAUCCCACAUUUCUACCUUCAGUAAGCAGUAUGCCUUCAGUGUAUUAAAAAUAAGUUCAUAAAGCAGGGUACUUUUUACUCUGUGCUUAUCAUUGUACUUGCAUUACUUUGAAAGGUAGAGUAAAUCUACUCAAAGCAUUACUUUUUACAAAAUAAAUUAAAACUUUUCCAUAAAAAGUAA